CAGAAGAGUGCAAAAUGGCCCGGCUUGCCCUCUGUCUCCUGAACAUUCUCUGGAUGAUGGCUGGGACCAGAAGCCAGAGCUCAUGCUCCAUCUCCUCAGACCAACAGCCCUGGAUUAACAGCCUGCAAGCACACAUGGAGAAGUCGGUGACUCUGUCAUCCUUUCCAAACCCCAGUGUGCUGAUUGCCAUGAACCUGGUUGGACCACAUGACCUGGAGGCCCAGAAGCAGCUGACUUACGAACUCAUGGCCAGUGAUGCUGCAGACCUAACCACUGGGCAGCUCGCCCUCAACAUUAUGGCUCUCACCUCCUCCUGCCGGGACCCUGGGAGUAAAAUAUCCGUUCUACAGAAACAAAUGGAGAACUGGUCACCUCCAAAACCCUACUCUGACUCAGCCUUCUAUGGACCCAGUCUGGCCAUCUUGGCACUGUGCCAGAAAAACCCAGAGACAACCUUACCAACAGCCUUGCGCUUUGCCAAGAUCCUGUUGGCCAGUUCCUCUUCCUUGAAUGUGGACACAGAAGCAGUGGCGACCUUGGCCUUGACCUGCAUGUACAACAAGAUCCCCAUAGGCUCUGAUGCAAGUUACAGACAACUCUUUAGCCAGGUGCUAAAGACUGUUGUGGAGAAUAUCAGCAGGAAGAUCAAAGAUAAUGGCAUCAUUGGAGACAUCUACAGUACUGGCCUUGCCAUUCAGGCCCUCUCCGUGACACCUGAGCAACCUACCAAGAAAUGGGACUGUAGGAAGACAAUGGAUACAGUACUGGAAGAGAUUAAGCAAGGGAAAUUUGACAACCCAAUGUCCAUUGCCCAGAUCCUGCCUUCCUUGAAAGGGAAGACAUACCUAGAUGUGCCCCAAGUGAUUUGUGUCCCUGAUAAUGAGGUUCAACCAACUCUCCCCAACCAUCCUAACCCGGUCCCCACCGCAGCAUCUAACAUCACGGUCACCUACACUAUCAACAACCAGCUGAGGGGCGUAGAGCUGCUCUUCAAUGUGACCACGGAGGUCAGUGUGAAGGGUGGAUCCACACUACUUGUUGUCCUGGAAGAAGCACAACGUAAGAACCCCAUUUUCAAGUUUGAAACCACAAUGACAUCUUGGGGCCCCAUUGUGUCCUCUAUAAAUAAUAUUGCUGAAAACGUUAAUCACAGGACAUAUUGGCAGUUCCUUAGCAACGAAACACCUUUGAAUGAAGGGGUUGCCUAUUACAUACCCUUUGACCUGGAGCACAUCUUGGCAAAUUUCACUGAGUACUGAUGAGGUGGGUUCAGUUUCUCCUGAGCAUUUCCCAGUGCACUGGAGAAUUUUCACCUGAUUUCAAAUACAUGACCUCCCAUCCCCACACACACAAAAAGAGGCUAUGCACAGUGCUACUUAACUCCUGGAGAAAGCCACAAUGUAGAAUAAAUGAUAUGAAGGAGCUCCCUGAGUCUUGACAUCUGUUACUCAUGAAAUAAAAUUUACAGCUUCUCA